UUGUGGUGGCUCGUGUCAUGAGACAUCGUCGACGAGGCUUCGUGCCCAAGUACUGUACAAAGUGACAGCACACCACUCACUUCUUUCUCCAGUAUAUCAAACAUGCUUAACAUCUUGCAUGGUGUCCAUUCAAGCAUUCAAGCAAUCAAGCACAGCAUUCGUCAUUCGUUCCUGUUGUGUUCCCCGUUACAACCGUUUAUUGCGUUUACUUCUUGAUUUCUGGGCGCUGCAUAAAAUCUACAGUAAUAUCAAUCGGGUUUCCUUUAGCCAGGCACAACCACCUGGUGGGGAAUCCCUGCCCCUCAGCAUCCCUCCUGCACGCCAAGCCAGCCAAAGUAAUGCACGUGAAAGCAGCCUUCUGUCACUUGUACACCGCAUAUACUGUAAGACCUUCACCGCAUACACCUCACUCAACCUCAUAAAUGGCUUCAUAUACUUUCCAAUCCAACGUCAGCCAGCUCUCCUUCCUUCUGUGCAUCUCUUUCAUUUCCUCACUACGUUUCAUUGUUUCUGCACCAACCGGUUCCUGAGGGACUUCCGGGCUCCGGCACCGUAUUCCCGUACCAGUAGUGCAACCUCCCCCUUUUUUGCCAGACACCAAAAGCUUGGAUCGGUUGCUGGUCACACUAUGAUCGCAAAAAUUUCGUGAUUGUGGAGAACAACGUCGUCACAGUGACCUCAAAAUACCCAGAUCAGGGUCUUGCAUUUAUGCUUCGCUACUAUUUAUGGCAGCCAAGACGCAAAGAUAGGGAGAGAAGUUCGGUAAUGUCUUGGGACCACCCUUUUCAAAGACUUCUGAUUUCUGAUUUCUCAUUACGAUGGCUCUAUCACAGGGCUCAGAUCUGUCUUGUGACAACGGUUUGUUUUUCGACUUUCCUUCGGGGUCGGCGCCAAGG